AUGCAAGAGGUGAUUCUGAUGAUUGAGAUCAAGCAGAAGCUGUCUGAUGACCUCGUGACCUUGUUCGAGAACCUCCCGCUGGGGCUGCGAAGGCUUGUCCUGGAUCUCGGCUCGACUGCAUCUUGGCAAAACAAGGCAGCGCAGGGCCAUGCAGGGCCCAGGGCUACUCGGGACUGCAGCCUUGAGGAUGUGGGCUUGGCGGUGCCUGCAUUGUCGGAGAGAUUGUGCCGAAUGCGGAGCUUGCGGGAGCUGGAGCUGCACCUGGAUCACACGGAUAUGGGCACUCCAGAGCUGAAGCUGCUUGGGAAGAGCUUUUCGAGCACACUCAAGAGACUCUGCCUGGACCUUCGCAGCUGUCACAACCUGCAGCAGGACUGCCGGCUCAAACUGGAUUCGUGUAUCAAAAACACCUAA